AUGGAAGCCACUGACCUCGUCCACGAUCGUGAUGUCCUCAGGCUCAUCUUCCGGGUGAUGACCAGCGUUCUUGGCGUCGGUGGCAUGGGUGGGCUCGGUGGAAGAGUUCUUGGGAGCGUUUGGGACAAACAUGUGACGAGCGUGGUGGGCUUUAACGCGAGCUUCCAAGGUCGAGGUGUGAGGCGGGUGUCCAUCUACCAAUUGUCCGAAUACGUUACAGGAAUCUGGGCACUUCUUGCGGGUACCAAUCACGAUGCUAUCGGUGUUUGCUCGGCAAUGUCCAGCAGCACGGGAGACUCCAUCGUGUCAGUGGCGGUAUUUUGUGAUGAUGCUCCGGGUGCUGUUUUGUGGCAGAUGCUCAGGCUGAGAUGGCGAAGAAGGGAGAUGACUAGCCCGCCCCAGCGGGAGGCCGCAGGUUCCAAGCUUGCCAUCAUCAACGGCACCACAUCUUCCACGCGUUGGGCAAAAUACGCGCUGUCGCAAAGUCCUCUGGCUCUUGGACAACGAUAUGUUCGGCGCAAUCAUUCGCUGGGCCAUCGCCGGCGAGAUCAUUAUGCUCCCAGAAUUCCCAGGGCCGCGAGACUGAAGACAUACAGCAUUCUGCGCUCCGCUAUGAGCGUGCUCUGUGUGGUUGCACUGGGAUAUCGUAUCGUAUAUGGUCCGCAUAGCUCUUUACUAUCCAAUGAGCCCGCGCCAGUGGUGGAUGCAUCAACAUCGGCCACGCCAACUCCAGCGUCGACUUCAGCCUUUCUCAGCGAUACAUGUGUACCGAAGCCUACCUCAGGCGUGAUCAUUGAGAUCAUCAACAGUCUCAAGAUCGAUCCAUCUCUUCCGGCGUCUGAGUCAAGUAUAGUCAAAGUCACUCUCGAAGAGUUCACUGCCGACAGCUAUGCCUUGCCGAGCUACCACUAUGCAGCAGAUCAGGCCGGAGCGCGACUGCUACAGCACCUCUUGCUACGCUUCCUCGCCAACACUGCGGACGGCGAUUUAUCUAAGAAUCUCGACGAAGGUCUCGCUGAAGCGCUGCAAGAGUCUCGCAGGUGUCAAGCCGCGUACGACAGAUUGCAUGGUAAAGAUAGUAAGUUCGUAGAUGUGGUGAAGAUGGAUAUACAGACUGUUAUAGGCGAGGGGCAGGCGAAGGUGACAGCCUUAUUGAAAGCGAGUCGCCGUACAGUAUGCACGACGUUGGAAAGAGUGGAAGUCGACAGAUUCGAAACAGUUGAAGUAGGUGGAGGUAGAAGGAAAAGCGUGAAAGCAGGCAUAAUGAGAGGCUGGUCGAGUCCGCGAAUUACAAGCCAAGGCAAAGCCGUGCAGAACCACUGCAGCGCCAACAAAAUUUUCACCCGACCGCUUCUCCACCUCGACCAUUCCAUUCCCGCUGCCAUCUGCCAAGUGUGCCAUCUCUCCGGCCUUUGCAUUCACUUCCAUUUUCACUCUUUGUGCAGAGUUGGUUUCUUGUUGCUAUCGCCUAGAUACCUCUACUCGACUUUGGACACCAAUGAACCUAUACUUUCGGUGAUGAUUUUGCACUCUCGAUGGUUGUCGAUUCCGGCGAAGAAGCGGCGGUCGCGGAAAAUGGACAAUGCGCUUGGAGCCAAAAUGGAAGGCUGCUCAUUAGGAACCGCGGAAGGUAGGGAGGCGAAUAAUAAGACGUUUUGGGGGUUGAGGGCUUUGCUGGAUUAUAAUUUGCAUCUUAUCGCUCGAAACCGAAGCUUUUCCUUUUUUUAUCAAAAACUCCAUCUAGCAUUCUAUAAAUCCGUCGCUUAUAGUGUACAUAUCCAGAAUGUCGCUAGGAUAGAUGAUGUCGUCAAAGGUCGCAUGCAGCGCAGUAUAAGCGUCUGCGGUGCUCAGAUCCUCCUUGUCGUCUGCGUCAUCGAAGAUGUCGCGGCCGCUUUACAUUGGGUGGCGCCAUCGCGCUCGACCUAUGUCAGCUUCCUCAACGCAAUCGAUCAUCUCCAUCUAAAACAUCUUCAGAGCCGAGGUCACGUCGGUAGCAGUGCGGAUGCGGGAAUCGCCAGGGUUGGCAGCUUGGAAGGUCCAGCCGUUGGCGAGAUAAUGGGCCUGGUCACUUUCCAUCCAGAAGUGACCGCGACGGUGGCUCGCUUCGUUCCAGUACAGACAUGCAGCGCCGACUCCAGUGAUGACGCAUUGGCGUGUCGCCAGUGGGGAUGUGCAAUCGCACCAUCCUCCAUAACGCGAUCGCCUCGCAGCACAGUCAGCCGGCCAGAUGAUGAUUCGUUCACGGACCCAGGACCAUACCGCCGUCCCUGUCCACAUCAAGCCUGGCUAGCCAUGGACAACAAUGAUGCUGCCAUUCGGCAACUGCACACUGAACUGUCCAGCAUAUCCAACAGCGAAGCCACAGCUGGGAGCGAGCUGCUUGAACUCAUCUUCACUCACGUGCUUGACGCGAGGUUCAGCAGCGAUCAUAAGCAUUUUAAGAUCGUCCCAGACCCCAGCAAAUCGGUAUCCCCAGGACUUCAGCAGUCUCAGCAGACGACCGUACGCGUAAGGGCUAGCUGGAGUGUAGAACUCCCAUUCAUCCCGAGAGCUCGACUGCUAGCGAUCAUGAUAUUGUGUGUCGCCAUGCUCUCCAAGAGCACCUCUGGCUCUGGGAAAGCUAAUCUCAGAUACUCGAAUAUUGGCGCACAACUGGGUGACUGCUUGUACAUCAGCGACGCCGUAUCACAAGCGUACGAACGCCUUACCUGGAGUUUACUGAAGCCCUUGAAGGCUAGUCCUGGUCCGUUCUCAUUUAGGCGGGAGCCCUCACCAGUCUUUGAGCCAAGCAGCUCUGGGAGUGCUGGAGCUUGCUAUGGCGCCUUACUGGGACCUGCCCAAAUCUCUUACGUAGGAGCCUAUGCGGGAGUUGGGGACGAGAUUGAAGAUGAAAUUGACCUCAUAGAAGCCUUGCGAGGCGCUCCACGAAGUGCAGCUGUGCCGAGACGUGCUGCGACUCCCCUUGGCUUGAGGGCUGCGAACCUGAUCGCUAGUGGUGCCCAUGCUGGGUCCAGCAGUCUGCUGGUCGUUGCCGACAAAGGCGAGGAACGAACGGCUGGUGAUGGUUUCCAUCUCCCCGGUUGUUAUGGCUCGCAGGUGCUGGAGGAAGAUGUGCGUAUUCGCAGACUGUCGCUGUACUUCCUGCGUAGAGUCAGCUUGUGUCGUCGCAACUGCUUCUGCCGCCUGCUGUUCUACAACUUCUUUCUCCCUAAUCAGCCGAGUGGCGCGUUGUUCAGCGUCGGUUGCCCGCAACUCUGCGGACUCGGCUCGGGAGAUCGUCGCUGCCGUGUUGCCAACAAGCCGGAAGUCCUCCUUUUACGAGUACGGUUCCACAGGGCAAUCCUCAAUCUCGCGCCCACGCUCUCGCUCAAAGUCAUCGUCAUCUUCAUCUUCAUCUCUGUCACCACUCCCUUCACCCUGCGCCGAGUCCGGCCGGGACCCGUAUUCCUCCACACCUUUGUUCCGCUCAAGAAUGCUCUUUGCGAUCGCCUCCCGCCGCUCGCGAGACGCAGUGCGCUCCUGCUCUCGUUUUCCCGACGAAGCCAAUUCGCGAAGGACAUCUCCACAUUUCACGGCGAAAUCGCUUUUGAUCAAGUCACAACGCAUCUGCCUUGA